GUUUAAGCCUCCAACCUGGAUCCUGAACCGCUGACAAGCGAACAAGUACGUUUCUUUAUCGACUCUUUAUUCAACAUUCAGGUGUUUUCACUGCGACUUGACCUCCGGACCGCGACGUCCCGGGAGGGAGAAGCCACGGGGGGUGAAGAGCCGAGGAGGGGCAGGAGGAGCUGGGAGCAGGUGCAGCUCCUCCUGGUUUCCAUGAAUCCCAGUGUUUACGUCGCGUCAGGAGGGAUUCGACCCAGAUCGGAAACGUCUCCGCUGUGAUGCUGUGGUUGGUUGUGGGUGCAGAUAGGAGCGGGUUGUGUCACUGAGCCCUGAUAAGGACGCUGCUGUGAACCUGGCUCCUGGCUGAGGUCUCUUCAGUCCUCUAAACACAUUCAGGCUCCACACACUUAGCUUCACACUAACAGGACUCAUCAGCCUUGUGUGUCACUCACUAGUGUCUUGUUUAAGUCAGAUCAGUAGUAUUUUAAAUGUUUACCUCCCUGUGGUUUCAGCUCUGUCCCACUUUUACACUCACAUGCUGUCAGGUAUCAUUGUUUCAGCUUCUUUUUUUUGUAAUAAUAUGUUCUUGACAUUUCAGGGACAAUGUUUACAUCAUGAGAUCAUUUCAGAAACGUGCACAAAUUAAAUUCAAAUGUCUCUUGUUUUAAUCCCACGUGCAGAAGUCCCUGACAUCCACCCCCCCCCCUCCCCAAACCCACCCAACAAUGGCCUCAUCGGUGGGAGAUAAUCAACUGCAGAGGAUAAUCAGAGAUCUGGAUGAUGCUGUGUUGGAGCUGAGUAAAGAACACAGGGAGUGUGGUGAACCUAUCACUGAUGACAGCUCCAACCUGCACAAGUUCUUCUAUAAACUUGAAUACCUGCUACAGUUCGACCAGAAAGAGAAGACAACGUUUCUCGGCCAGAGGAAAGACUACUGGGAUUACUUCUGCGACUGCCUGAUUAAGAUCAAGGGAGCUAAUGAUGGCAUCCGUUUUGUUAAGUCCAUCCCUGAGUUGAAGACGCCACUGGGGAAAGGACGGGCCUUCAUCCGCUACUCGCUCGUUCACCAGCGUCUUGCCGACACGCUGCAGCAGUGUCUUAUAAACCAGAAAGUCACAAGUGACUGGUAUUAUGCCCGGAGUCCAUUCCUUAAGUGUCACCUCACCUCUGACAUAAUCAACCAUCUUUAUGAGCUCAACCAGAUCCAAUUUGACGUGGCGGCCAGAGGUUAUGACCUCGAUGCGGAUUGGCCAUCCUUUGCAAGGCGAACACUGAGCACAGCCUCACCAGCUUUCCUGUGGAAGCCUCCGAGUCGCUGCUCCAGCAUCAACAGUUUGGUUAGCAGCUAUUCACACUCACAGGCACAGGAGUUUCUUCCAAUCCCAGACUUCAGUCACAGUCUCCUUGGGGAACUGGGGGAACUGGGGGAACCCUCUCCUUGCAGUAUCGCAGAGAAUCUCCGCAUUGAGCUCGACCAGUCCGAGCUCAGACAGCAGGAGCUUCUGGUGCAGGUUCAGGAGUUAAGCAACGAAGCUGCAGAGCUGAAAGGUGUCGUUAAAGACCUGCAAGGAGAGCUGGCAGCUCAGAAGUCAACUGCACACUAUGCAGCAGCUGAAGCCGGUGAUGGGGAGAAAACAAAUCACCUUCACACUCAUAGGGAAGCAAUAAAAAGUGACAUUCAAGACAGAAUCACAUCUGCAGAGAACAGAAAUAUGGAGCUUCUCUCUAAGUUGGACGAAGCACUGAAAGAAAAAGGCCAACAAACAGCAAGCUACUGUGACUCCGCCUGGAAAAUUCAGGAUCUUCUGGAUAAACUUAAGACGGCAGAGGAGGAGAGACUGGUAGCAAAGAGAGAGUCUGAAGACCGGGCCAGAAUCUCUGAGCGUCUAGCACAGGAACUCAAACUCAGGGAACAGGAGUUGAGAGACAGUGAGGAGAAGCUAGCUGAAGUGAAAGCUGGGGCCCAUGACGAACAGGAGGAGGCGCUGGGACGGCUGGAGGAGCUCCAAGGGGUCGUCGGUCGAAUUCAAGGGGCGCUGAGUUUGAAAGAGAAGGAGACGGGGAACCUGAGAGCCCAGCUUCAGGGUCUACAAGCAUCACUGGAGUGCAGGGAGCGGCAAGCAGAGGACCUGAGGAAAAGGCUGUGGGAGGAGAGGGUGGAGGUAGAGCAGAUAUGUAGCAGGGGUGGCGGCCAGAAUGAGGAGCUCGAGAGCCUAAUGCCCGAUUUAAGAAAAGCCCUAAAAAAACGAGAGAAAGAGCUUGCUGUUAGUUCAGAGAGAAUAAAACACUUAGAGGAGCAGGUGGAGAAGUUAAACAUUGAAAAGGAAAGUCUGAGCUCAAGACUCACUGAUGAUGAAGUGACUUCCUGUGAUCAAGCCGAGAAUGUUGAGGACUUCAGAACACAGUGCAGCAACCUCAUGGAAAGAAACACAAGGCUCCUGCAAACAGUGAAGAAGAGUGAGGAUAAUGUCACAGAGCUAACAGAGAGCAGGGCAGCCUUGUUGGAUCAGCUCGCCACUUUGAGGGCAUCGGAGAAGCACUUAAAAAGUAGAGUAGAGGCUACAAAUGUGUGUGUGGAGGCCCGGGAGAAGAAGCUCCUAGAUGAAAACCUGCAUUUGGAAGAGAUUGUACAAAAUGCACUUGUCCAGAAGGAGGUGUCAGAUGCUCAGUUGAAGAAGCUUGGGGAGGAGAACAGAGACCUUCUCGAGGUUCAAUCCUUGUUGAGGAAGCGGUUGGCGAGAACACAGCAGGAGUUGGACUCUCUCGCCACCGAAGUUGCCAAGUUGGACAAGAACCUCACAGUGUCGCAAAGAAGCCAAGCGGAGUUACUGGAAAAACUAGAGGAGACCGAGGCAAAGUUCAGAGACAAGACUGUUAAAUGUGGACUUCUUCAGGCUCGAGCAGUGGAGCUGGAGAGCAAGAGCGGAGAGCUGCACGAUGAAAAGGGAGCUGCGGAGAGUAAUGAGAAAAGGCAGAAGCUUGAUAAUCAGCAUCCGAGUUCCUCCAUGGAAACCAAAGAGGGUUCAUUCAGGCUGGUGAUAGCUGAGGCUCAACUGGAGCUCAACCUAAGGGAGGUGCACCGGCUCCGGGAAGAGGUGGUGGAGCUCAGGGCUCAGCUGCUGGCCGGGACUGAGGAGAGAGUGAAAGUUCAGGCCCUCCAGGAGGUGACGGAGUCCUCCAGGGAAGACCUCCGAGCUUUAGCAGAACAACUCAAGGCCCAGGUGGAGGAGCUGAACCGCAAGCACGUGGACGAGAUUCUCCAGUCCCGAGAGCGAGAAGAAUCUCUCGUCCGUGAGCGGGACGGUGAGGCCCAGGCUCGAGCAGGUCUGGCUGCAGAAGUGACCUCCUGCAGAGAGGAGCUGAGCAAACUGAAGAAGCGCUACGAAUCCUUGUGUUUGGAGAACAGUGAUUCCAGGGAGGCGCUGCAUAGAGCCAACACAGAGACAGCUGAGCUCGGCGUGCAUGUUUGUAUGCUCACCGCUGACAAUGAGGAGGCCCGUCUGCGCUUUGAGGGCCUGUCGACAAGGCUGCAGGAGCUGGAGGACGAGGCGUCUCAGGAAGCCAAGAGGCGGAAGAGCUGCAUGGAGGAAUUACGGCAAGAGAACCAGAAACUCCUCAAUCAGCUCCAUAAUGAGGAGGGUCUGUUGGCAACCAAGCAGAAGCUUCAGAAGCUGAGCGACGCCCAGCAGGAGGCCGAAUCUCUGCAGGACACGAACCAGGAGCAGAUCCAGGCCCUCCGCUUCCAGCUCAGCAGCCAGACCAUGAGCCACGACAGCCGGCUCCAGAGUGUGAAGCAAGAGCUACAGGAAGUGAAAUUACAUCUGACGACGGAGCAGGAGAAUGUGGUCGAUCUGGAGAACAAACUCAAAGGGCUAAUGGCUGAGAAUCAGAGAUAUUGCCAACAGAUUGAGGAGAAAAACAUCCAGAUGGCCGAGUCUGAAAAUCUCAUGCAGCAGAAAGAAGACGAGAUAAUCCAUCUGAAAGGGAAUUUAUCAAGGUCUGAGUCUGGUCUCGAAGCCGCUCAGCGGACAUGUCAGGAGAUGAGUGAAAAUCUACGGAAAGUCACGAAGGACAAACAGAGCUUUGAUCUGAAGACAGCUGCUGAACUCGAUGACCUCUACCGCACCAAAAUCAAUCUGGAGGAAAGACUCAUAGAACUCAUCAGGGAGAAAGAUGCACUUUGGCAGAAAUCCGACGCCUUGGAGUUUGAGCAGAAGCUGCGGGACGAGGAGACGGAGAGGGACGUGAACUACUGUCUGGGCUGUCACAGUCAGUUCAGCUGGUGGCUGCGCAAGUACAACUGCAGACUGUGUGGGCGUCCCUUCUGCUACUACUGCUGCAGCAACACGGUGAGCACCCAACAGGGCGGCACCAGAGAACGCUGCUGCACGGACUGUUACAACCAGCACAGUGCAGUGGUGGAGCGCCACCCGCAGGAGGAAGUGAUGCACAGCACACCGGGGACUCCUUUCAGCCGCUUGCUGCAGGCGGGGAGAGCUGUGACUGCUGGGCCAGGACCGGAUGAAAAUGAGAAACAGGAUGAUGGUGUUUUUGACAUCAUCACAGACGAAGAAGUGAGCGUCGUCAGUGACUCACUCUCCUUUGCCACCGCUUGCUCUUCUGAGCAAGGACAGCAGGGGGCAGCACAGCUAAGCAGCAGUGCCAGUGCAGGAGACAUCACAUCCGAGGACACUGAGGACCUCGGGGCUUCGGUGCAAGAUGCAGAGAUCUGCCUGCUGAAGUCUGGAGAACUCACACUCUCCGUCCACUUCUCGAUCGAUGACAUCUCCGGGUUCGGGGACAGCUCCCAAGAGCUCUUCAUCAAAUCCAGCUGUUACAGCACCAUCCCCAUCACCAUGAGCAGCCCUGGUCCCACUGUGUCCUGGACCUUCACCUCUGAGCCCAAGAGCAUCUCCUUCAGUGUGGUGUACAGGGAGAGCGCAGAGACGCCGCUGGAGCAGGCCAAGGUUUUGAUCCCACUGACUCGCUGUAACUCCCACAAAGAGACGAUCCAGGGGGAACUGAAAGUCAGGAACCCCGGAGAAUACACACUCAUCUUUGACAACUCCUUCUCCAGGUUCAUCUCAAAGAAAGUGCUGUAUCACCUGAGUCUGGACAGGCCGGUGGUCUACGAUGGCACUGACCUCCUCUGAGCGGGACGGGAGGCACCGUGAGCAGCUGUGAGACUGACUCUCCAAACGUCCACUCUGGGUCGGACUCCACUGACGUUCAUCAGCCUCACGGGAAGGUUCUGGCUUCCUUUCUUUUUUUGAAACGUCUCUCUCAGUGUGCGGCUUGCUGAUGAUUUCUGAUCAUAAGAAAGCUGAACAAAGGCAAAAAUCUGUGGAGUAAAACAAUGUUGUUCUAGUGAGUGUGAGCAUGCACUGCCUUUUAUAAAAGCUGGUUUAAAUGUAGCAUUAAAGACCCUAAAAGUCACUCAAUAAAUAACGGUUUGUGGCAUAUUUGAGUGUGAAGAACUUAACUUAUGUGGCAGGUUUGUGAGAUUCAGGUCAUGUGGCGACUUUAUGACAAAGUAAAGCUGCAGUUUGCUUCAUCCUGAGGUCGACUUGUUUGAUUAAAUACGUUUUGUUCCCUUUAUUUGCCUCUCGUGAAGACUAGUGUUGAAUAGUAAAACAUACUGUAACCACAGGAUUAAUGUGCACAGUGAGAAAUGUUCCACUAGAAGUGGGUGAAAUGGUUAAAGUCCUCUAUUAAGGUAUUUAUAAUGUUAUGUUAGUAUAUCAGCAUUUAUUCUUAUUUAACACUUUUAUGGAAAAUCAAUAGAGAAACUCUUUAUAGAUAAGAUGAAGCAGAGAAGAAUCUACUUAUACUUUAUUAUAAUUAUGCUGAAAUAUAAUAUACAGUCUCAGUGCUGCUCAGUGAUUUGCACAGUGGUCUGACUCUCAGAGAUGCUGAACAGAGAGUUAUGAGCCAUAGUAUAAACAUGUGAUGUCCAUAUGACAUGAAGGCAAACAGAGUUGAUUUGUGUGUGUGUGUGUUUGCAUGCAGGUGUGUGUGUGUGCAGGUGUGUUGUGGAUAGUAAAGUUGAGUUUCAGGUUUACUGUGUUGUCAAUAGAGCCCGACUGAUACGGAUUCGAUGAGCCCCAUAUUGGCAAAUACAAAAUUUCAGAAGGCGAUAGAUUAUAAAAACACAAAUACAACCAAUUAUGGGAACUUAAAUUGGAAACUUAUUUUUUAAUCCAAAAUAUCGAGAAAAUUUACAUCUCUUCUGAAUUAUUUAUUCUGUAAAAUAAAAGUUUGGACAUGUCCUGAAAAAGGCUCAUAUCAGACGAUCUCUAUUGGCCAAUAGAUAAAUUUGUCCGGCUCUAGUUGACAACGUGAGAUUAAAUCCCAAGAUUCUGUUGAGUAGUUUGUUUUAAUUACUCAAAUCAAUGUAGAAGAAAAUCCAUAGAACCCUGAUUUAGCUUAACCCACACGGUUUUACUUUCUUAAAUGUUAACAAACUAUUUUAAUUAACUGGUUAUUGGAGAAACACAUCACAUUAUGCACUGUUGUCUGACUGUUGCCUUUUCAGCUGUGAGUUUUUGGUUGUUUAUGCAAUGAUGAUAAAGAAGAAGUAGAAGAAGCAGGAUCCUGCAAAAGUUGCAGAACCAGUGUUCAGUUUUAAUUGUGCAGAUGAAAAAGGAGAAGAAUGUGGUUUCUACAGAUGAAAACAUUAAGAACGUGCACAUGUCCCCAGUCUAACCAGUGAAGGGGUUUAAAAGAGGGAGCACAUAUCAUAUCAGACAUUUCAGUGCUUUAAAUAUAUAGUGUUUAAUAUCAAUCAUCAUAAAUCUUUCAAAUAAAUAGAUGAUGAUUUAGUGAAGAGAUCAGUUAUGAGGAUAUAUAAAUGAUACCAGUCAAUAAUACUUUUAUAUAGAGAGCUUUUCUAGAUGUUUACUGUUGCUGUGUGAUGUUCUGGAUGCGUUUCGCAGUGUGUCACAGAAAACAGUCUUCAAAUCAUACAAAUCCAAAAAUCUGCUUUAUACUUGAAGUCCCACGUGGAUUUUUUCAUGUUUUCAAUCAAUAAUCCUCUUUUGAGUGUCUUAGAACUUGGAUUGUUACACUGACUCAUUUCCAAAGUGUCUUCCAACAUUUUGAAACCAUUUUGUAACUUUAAUAUAUAUUUUCAGCGUAACUGACACGAGGAAGACAUUUUACUUUCUCCAAGAAAAAUUCACUUUUUAUACAUGUCCGAGUAAGAGGAGUGAUUCGUUGCCAAAUAUUCCGGGGGAACAUAUUUGUCUAUUUUCUUGUUCUUGAAAAGGGGAGUUUGUGUUUUGAAGACAUUGCGACACGACUGCCGUAUCAUGCACUUUUGAAAAGGGCUUAUUUUUUCUGUUUUUCUCGGUCUGCAUCCCAGAAGCCUUUGUGCCAGUCGAUGAAUGGUUUUCUUUUCCUGUGCAUCUAGUGAGUGUUUAGACGUUUACAGCUGGAUUUACCAGAGAGAAGAUCAAACUCUCUGACUUAACCUGUGAAUGAUUGUUGGCAAUGUUUUAUUUUACCUACUAAGCAUUUAUGAUAGAAUGGAUUCAUGACUGUGGACGAAUAAAUAAGGAUUGUGUGAUAA